CGGGGUGACUGACACAUGUUUCCAAUAACCGGAGCACAUGGUUUAUCAUUACCUCCUCAGUCUGCCUGCUGGCAGAACAGAGACAGCAUGAAGUUGUGUUUAAUCCUCCUGCUCUCUCUGAGCGCCAAGGCCUUCGCUGAGGAGAUCUUCACUGACUCUUGUCUGGACCAAUGUGAAAACGGCUUUCAGGCUCAGAGGAAGUGCCAGUGUGACUCCAUGUGCAAGUAUUACAAAAGCUGCUGCUCUGACUAUGAGGCCAUCUGUGGCAUGACGACUCGUGGCGACACGUUUGUGUUCGCAGAGGACGAUGAUGAUGAUGGUGAUUUGUUUGGAAGCACCACGCCAACCCCAAAAGGUCCCGCUGAUGUUGCAUCCACCGGGCCUCCUGUCUCAGACUUCAACCAAAGACUGCAUCAACAUCCAGAGACCAGUCUGAAAAUGACAAAACCUCCACGGCUGGUGAAUCAAAGAGUGACUCCCGAAAGUGAUCUCGCUGCCACGACUGGAGCUCCUCAGGCUCCUUCAGCCACUACCGCUGCUCCCAAAACCACACUGGCCACCACAGUGACCACCACCACUGUUAGCGUCACCACAGCAGCUCCUGACCCAGAUGCUGUGGUCUGCAGUGGGAGGCCAUUUGAUUCCUUCACGCAGCUUAAAAAUGGCUCCAUCUAUGCCUUCAGAGGGGAGUAUUUCUUUGAGAUGGACCAGAAGUCGGUUCUUCCCGGUUACCCAAAGCUGAUAAAAGAUGUGUGGGGAAUCAGCGGGCCGAUCGACGCUGCAUUCACUCGCGUCAAUUGCCAGGGGAAGACCUACAUCUUUAAGGGAAACAAGUACUGGAGGUUUGAUGACGGCGUCUUGGAGGACGAUUAUCCACGGGACAUCAGCGUCGGCUUUGACAAGAUUCCUGACCAUGUGGAUGCAGCGUUCGCCCUUCCUGCUCACAGCCACCAUGGAAAAGAGAAAGUUUAUUUCUUCAAAGGCGACCAGUACUAUGUGUACGAGUUUUUGCACCAACCCUCCCAUGAGGAGUGCGCCGCCAUGUCUGAGAGGUCUCCGUCCACGCUGUUCAGGCGCUACACAGAUCUGUACCGCAGCAACUAUGAGCAAUUCUUCACCGAACUUUUCCCUGACUUGCCUCAGCAUCACGACAAGCAUCACUUCAUCAACAAAGACUGGAAAGGCCUCAAGUCUCCAGUGGAUGGCGCCAUGGCCGGCAGGAUCUACGUCGCUCCUCUGAGGUCAUCGUCCCAUCCCAACCAGCAGUACCAGCAGAAUGGAUGGCAGAGAGGUCGUAGGCGGCAGAACCGGUCUCCUACCUGGGGAACCAUGGCCGAGCAGGGCAUGAGCAUGGGCCAGGGGUUUGCUGAGAGGGGCAUGGAAAUGGGUCUGAGAUUGGCAGAGAGGAGGAUGGAGAUGGAGGAGAGGCUGGGCUGGGACUGGGACAGGCGGCAGGAUCGGGACCGGGACCUGGACAGACGAUGGAAUCAAGACUGGGACCAGAACAGAAGGUGGGACAGGGACUGGGACCGUUACAACCAGAACAACAGAGGCAACUACAACACCAGGAACGAUCGAUUCCUCCAGGGAGAAAUACCCAUCCAGAGUGUGUACUUCUUUAAAGCAGAUAAAUACUACAGAGUUGACCUCAGGACCAAAAGAGUUGACCCUGCUGUGCCUCCGUACCCCAGAUCCAUCGCCAAGUACUGGCUCGGCUGUCCAGACCCAUCUGGAGCAGAGAAGAAGUAGCUAAACGUUUUCUUGCCAGUUUUUAUUUGUGUGUGUCAUGUGAGUUUAAAGUAAUGUGUCACCAACGAGUCGUUGUCACAAAAACCGCCUGCGCCGGUUGUGAAAAGUUCACAAAACAUCGGCAACGCAACUCAUGAAAAUAAGCAAACGGCAGCAUUCAGAGAAAGUCCAAACAGUCAAAGUUCAGACGGCUGAUUUUCUGAGUGGCUCGCUUGUGUGUUUACAGCGUCAGCUGAUCCACUUGAUCAAACACAGAACAGACUCAGUUCAGACCGUAAAAGACAGAAAGGACCUAACACUACAGCCUGGCUUAAAACAACCACUAACUCCUAAAUCUUCUUUUAUUUUGUGUUUCCUAUCUGUAACUUUGACUUUGUGGCGAGAAUAAAACACAAUAAACUUAAGAGAUGUUCCUGCCAAACA